CAUGCGCUAAUGCCUUCUAACAAAAAAGGAGGGCGAUUAUGUAUGGAGCUUAAGUUUCCAACAAUUUUUACGCGACUAUGAACGUCUCAUAAAUGUUAUCUCGCGAGAAGAAGAUCCCUUCGAGUGCAGUACGUGGCUUCACAGCUGGGCAGUGGAGGUUCAGGGGUGUUUUAGUUCGGAGGUGGAGACACAAUGUUUACAUUUACAGUAUCCGUUCAUAGAUAACUACCAGCUGAUAUUUACACACCGUCCGAGUCUGGAAGUAAAUGUGAGAGGCAGCCGUCUUCGAGAAAGCUCUUUAGCGUCCGCCUUUCUUCCUUUCCCCGGGGAGCGGCAGUUAAGGAGCCUCCGCCGGCGUGUGAGGUCACUGGUCGGCUCGACAUGGCAGAGAGCGGCUCAGCAGCUGAAUUGUCCGGCUCCCUGACGAGCUCGGCUCUUCCGCCACCCAGGACCCGGAUCUUCAAAAUCAUCGUCAUCGGGGACUCUGGCGUCGGGAAGACCUGUCUCACCUUCCGCUUCUGUGCGGGCAGGUUCCCCGAGAAGACCGAGGCCACGAUCGGGGUGGACUUCAGGGAGAGGCUGGUGGAGAUUGACGGAGAGAAAAUCAAGAUCCAGCUGUGGGACACUGCCGGCCAGGAGCGCUUCAGGAAGUCCAUGGUGCAGCAUUACUACCGCAACGUCCACGCCGUGGUGUUCGUCUACGACGUGACCAACGCCACCAGCUUCCGCAGCCUCCCCGCCUGGAUCGAGGAGUGCAAGCAGCACGCCCUGGGAACCGAGGUGCCCAGGAUCCUGGUGGGGAACAAGUGCGACCUGCAGGACUCUGUCCAGGUGGGCACGGACGUAGCGCAGCAGUUUGCGGACGCUCACUCCAUGCCGCUGUUUGAGACGUCCGCCAAGAGCCCCAACGGCCUGGGAGACGGGAGCUACCGCGACAGCGACCACGUCGAGGCCAUCUUUAUGACUGUGGCCCACAAGCUCAAGUCCCAGAAGCCUCUAGUGCUGAGCCAGCCGGCCGAGGGGUCGGGAAGCACCGUCACCCUGAGCGGAGGGAGGAAUGACGGCGGCGACGGGGGCGGAGGCAGAGGGUGGAGCUGUAGCAGCUGCUGAGGACUCAAACUCCACUGGCUAGUGGACUCAAACUAGCCAGUUUGAGGACUCAAACUGGCUAGUUUGAGGACUCAAAACUCUGGAGGAGCAGGUCCUGGAGGACCUGCUCCUCCAGGUCUUGCUCCAGACCUGGACCAAGGAGAGGAAAACUACAGAGCACUGAUGAAUACCACAGUGUGUUAGGGCCAAUGUAGAUAGAAAAAGAAAGGAAGAGUACAUACAAAAACUCAGACAUUUUGAGAUUAAUCUCAGAAAUUUUCUAGAAGAAAAUAAGGAAAUUUUCUGAGGUUGGAAAGUUGAAAAUUUCCUUAUUUUAGAAAAAAAUUCAAAUGUUGCAAUUACUCAGAAAUUUGCUAGAAGAAACAUGGAAGCUUCUCAGUUUGAAAAGUCAAAAGUUUGCUACAAAAAUCUGAGAAUUUUUUUAAUUAAAAGAUGCAAAUUUUCGACUUAUAAAACUCAGAAAUAUCCAUGUUUUUGUUCUAGAAAAUGAUGGAAAUUUACUCCUGUUUUUCUCUGUCUACGAUGGCCCUUGUACACGUUGUAGAUGAACCAUACUGCUUGUUUACAUGAUUUCCUUUAUGCCAUCACUUCACUCAGCUGUUUCCUGGUCAGAUCAUGUUGUCCAGAUAUGAUCUGUUUCACUGCCAAAUAUCCUGUCCAACCCAUUAGUACAGUGGUUCAUAAACCUGCUCCAUGCACUCCUGAUGCAUUCAUGACCUCCUCUGCAGACCCUCACUGCUGCAGGAGCCUGUUACUCACCCAUUCUUUUAAAUCAGCUGUUUGGAAGCAAGGUGACACCUACAGCAUGCAGGGCUGAGGUAGUGGAGGAUCUAAUUUUCCCAUAAAAACUCCCAUAUUUUAGCAGUAAAUUCCAAUCAAAGGUGCUUUAUUUGGUUGUUAGAGACCAGAAGUGAUUGUAACAGAACCAUCUCCACCUUAGUGAGCAGAGAAGAGACUCAGGAGGAGGAGGAGGAGGACCGGUCCAGGUAGGUCCACUCUGGUUGGCAGCACGGUUCGAUGCCUUCAGGGCUCACCUCUGUUCUUUGGAUUUUCCAGUUAUGUCAGGGCAUCUGAGUGAAACGUGAGUGAAAUGGAAGACACUGAGCACAGAAGCUGAUUAAUCUUUAUAUAUGGUGGUUUGGUAUCCAAGGUGAUUGUUUAAUCAAACGAAUUAUCAACUGGACAUUCAGCUGCUUUUGUUUUUGCAUUGAUUUUACCGUUCAGUGGCUUUAUGUUGGUGUUGUUUUUUAGGAGAACAGUGAGCUUCAUUAGAAACGAGCUGGGAUGAUGGUAGAUUAAAAAAAAACAGAGAUUAGCUGGAGCCUGGACUGCAGCGAUGUGAAUUCCUGGAUUGGUUCUGAGCUCCUCCAUAGUUGGCCCAUAGUUGGGUCAGUAUGAGCCUCUCAGUGUGAUAAGAAAUGAAGAUUCAGCAGUUUCAUUUAGGAGGAUAUUGAUCAUUUAUCGGACCGAUAGAGAUAUGUUAAAACAUGACUAAUAUCAGCCAAUCCCAAUGUUAGUGCUGAUAUAUUGUGCAUUCCUACUUAAUAAGAGUGAUGAGUUGUGGCCCUUUAGAUUUCACACCAUGACUCUUACUUUGUUGCUACUUGAAAUAUUUCCAAACAGCCAAAUUAGUCUUUCUUGGAACAGUAAUGAAAACUUUGAAACUGUAACUUUUUUUUAUUCUAUGGUGUGUGUUGUUACUGGAAAACAGCCCACUGACACUGGGAUGUCGGUGUUAGUGGAAUGUGAGUGAAAUGUUCACACCUGCUUUUGGAACGCCUCUGAACAAAAUGAUAAACAGGAAGGAAUGCGGUGCUGCUUUAGCUGCUGACCUAAAGGGAUAAUUCAGCUUUGAAUUCUUAUUCACUUCUAUACAAAAAGACUUUAUUCAGGGAAUGAAAUGUUUUCGUACCUCAUAUCACCAAGUAUCUUCAGAGUCGCUGUGGAUGCUGAUGCCAGCUGCAUCAUUCAGCCUCAUGGUGGUAAUGACUUGAGACUGAUAUAACUGAUAUAAAUAAUAUAAUUUAUUAUUUAAUGUAUUAUGUCCUAGAUGACACAAUCAACUGUUAGCAAGCAAUGCUAAUCACCCUCCUUUGAUUUUGCUGUUCUUAUUUAAAUGUCUGUAUAUUGCAGGUAGUACUUUACUCUGUAACACAACUCUAAAAUAUGAGCUAUCCCUUUAACUCAUCAGCUGAAGUGGACCAAAACCUGUAUUUUAAUGGGACAAUUCAGCUCUUCAUUAUUUUCAAUUAUUUCAUCGUAGAUCUGGAGCCUUUUGACACAUAAUGCAUUCAGGGAUCCAGAACGCACCAGGAAUCAGACACUUUGUGCAGGCUUGCACUCCAUCGUGUACCUCAGGCGUCUUAAUGUGUAGAAGUGUUUUCCUGAAUAUGAAAUAAGCUUGUAUAUUCAUACAGUGACAGCACCAACCUGCAUCUUGUUUGCCUUAAGCUGCUGUGUGACCACAGCUGGUCCUGUGGUUCUGCUGAUGAUCGCCUCACGCUUCACUCCGUCGCCGUCUAUCAGGACUUUCUGUUCACAUGAAGAACCUAAUCAAGCCUUUCUGUGGCCUGUCAGCACAAGCCAGACUGAGUGCUUUCCUCUGAAUCUGAUCCAUUUGCAUCGUGUUUCGACCUGGUUCCUCAAGGAAAUACUGCUGCUGCUCUUGAUGUGACUGAAAACAGACUGACAGCUGCACCCUGGAACACAGUUAAACAGGAAUGCACUUCCUUUCACCAUACAUCACCUUGCAAUAAAUGUCUUGUCUUAAGCUGUCAA